GCCUGCCAGGUGGCGGAGUGACCUUCCCCAAUUUCAGCCUUCCCCCGAACAACGAAGAAAUCUCUCUCCCCCUUCCUCAGCUCCUAUCUUCCCUUUCGCUCUCUUCUCCUUCGAUCCCUCUAUUUAUUCCCCACCGCCGCUUCGCCAGUUCGCUCAUUCCCCCAAGUAUAAACCCAUCCUUUCUCUCUGCACUUCUCUCACUCUCGUUUUAUCGUCUUUCUAUUUCCUUCUGCCUCUGUGAAUAUUAUCAACAUAUUCAUAGAAAACGAGAAAGAAAAAAGAAAUCUCUACAUAUUGACGCAUUUGCCAAUAAAUAACAAAAAAGAGGGGUAAAGACUAGAAAUAGAGGGCAAAAGAAAUGGAGAAAGUCACCCUUACCGGUUUAUUGAAGCAAACUGCCGGAAAAUUCCCUUCCCGCCGAGCUCUUUCGGUUUCCGGCAAGUACGAUUUGACACAUGCUCAAUUGCAAGAACUCAUCGAUCAAGCCGCCACUCGCCUCGUUCUUUCCGGCGUCAAGCCUGGUGAUAUCGUCGCUCUCACCUUUCCAAACACAGCCGAGUUUGUGAUUAUGUUAUUGGCUGUAAUACGAGCCCGAGCAACAGCUGCGCCACUCAACGCGGCCUACACGCCGGAGGAGUUUGAGUUUUAUUUAUCUGACUCGGAAUCCAAGUUCCUCUUAACAUCCCAAGAAGGGAAUAAAUCGGUUCAAGCCGCCGCUGCCAAACUCAACAUCCCCCACAUUACAGCCGCACUACCUCAUUCCGAUCAAGAGGUUACUCUCUCGUCCGACUCGAAAGCGACGGUUCCAUUAAAGAAGUCGAUAGAUGAAAUCGUCAACGAGCCGUCCGACGUAGCCCUGUUUCUCCACACCUCCGGCACCACGAGCCGACCAAAAGGAGUGCCGCUUACGCAGCUCAACCUUGCGGCCUCAGUACAGAACAUCAAAUCGGUGUAUAACAUAACCGAGUCCGACUCAACUGUCCUCGUCCUUCCGCUCUUCCACGUGCACGGUUUAAUGGCCGGUUUACUGAGUUCGCUCAUCGCCGGAGCUGCCGUAACUCUUCCUGCCGCUGGACGGUUCUCGGCUUCGACGUUCUGGUCUGACAUGCUAGCUUACAAUGCGACGUGGUACACUGCGGUGCCUACCAUUCACCAGAUCAUCUUAGAUCGACACCUUAGCAAACCGGAGCCGAAGUACCCAAAGCUGCGAUUCAUAAGGAGCUGUAGCGCGGCGCUGGCACCGGCUAUACUGGCUCGGCUGGAGGAAGUGUUCGAGGCUCCGGUGUUGGAGGCGUACGCGAUGACGGAGGCAUCGCAUCUAAUGGCAUCGAAUCCGUUGCCAGAGGACGGCCCGCACAAGCCUGGGUCGGUUGGGAAGCCAAUAGGGCAGGAAAUGGCGAUACUGGACGAGAACGGGGUAGCACAGCCGGCGCAGGUUAGUGGGGAGGUAUGCAUAAGGGGACCAAAUGUAACUAAGGGUUACAAGAACAACCCUGAAGCCAACAAGGCAGCUUUCAGUUUCGGAUGGUUUCAUACCGGAGAUGUCGGGUUCUUGGACUCGGACGGUUAUUUGCAUCUUGUUGGCCGGAUUAAGGAGCUUAUCAACCGUGGAGGGGAGAAAAUAUCACCAAUUGAAGUGGAUGCAAUCCUUUUAUCCCAUCCGGACAUUGCAAACGCGGUUGCGUUUGGAGUCCCCGACGAUAAAUAUGGCGAAGAGAUAAACUGCGCGGUGAUCCUUAGAGAAGAUGCAGACAUUGACGAGGAGGAAGUGCUGAGGUUUUGCAAGAAGAAUCUUGCAUCUUUCAAGGUGCCUAAGAAGGUUUUCGUAACCGAUUCCUUCCCCAAGACUGCAAGUGGGAAGAUUCAGAGGCGAAUCGUAGCAGAACACUUCCUUGCUCAAAUAUCCACCGCCAAAGUGCCCAAGUUUGGGGCGUAGGCUAGACAUACUCUUGAUCAGACCUUUCUCAAUCAUAUAUAACUCUACGGUCUGUUACCGUAGACAAGUGAAGAAGAAAUAUUUACUAGAGUAGGUUAGCCUAGGAAUGCUCUAAGGCCUUUUCGAGAAGGGGCUAGCUGGAAUAUCAGAUGCAAAUAAGGUCUCACCCUCGAGAACAAGCACUUGAGGGUCUAGCUUUGACAGAAAUAGGAAAGGUGCUAGGCUAGGUCUGAAAUGAAUUUAUUUGUUUAUUAUCAUGAUUAUUAUUUUUUGAGAUCACGGUGGUGUAUACGGUUGUGUUGUGUUAAAUCUAUCAUUCAAAUGUAUUAAUUAACA